AUGAGCACCAAGACCCUCACUCCCGCGGAGCUCGCGCGGCGCGAGAAGCAAAAGGCGGCGCAGGCCGCGGCGAAGCUGCGCCAGGCCGCCGGCGCGCCGACGAAGAAGGAGCGCAAGAAGCGGAAGCGCGACGUCGCCGCGGGCGUCGCCCCCGAGCCGAAGAAGCCCAAUAACAGCGGCGCCAAGGCGAGCUCCGGCGGCGGCGCGGCGUGGCGCAAGCGCGAGUUCGCGGGGAAAGGGCGCAACGAGUUCAAGCGGAAGCGCGAGGCGGAGGACGAGCUCGCCGCCGAGGCCGCCGGGCGGACCGUGCACGACGUCGUCAUCGUGCCCAUCUUCUGGCGCACGCGGCCCGGCGAGGAGGACGCCGUCGUCGGCGAGGCCGAGCGCAUCAAGCGUUUGAUCGCCAAGGUCGGCGACACCAAGGUCAAGCUCGACGUCUGGGUCGACCGCACGCACAAGAAGUCGCCGGGCCAGAAGCUCCAGUUCUGGGAGGCCGUCGGCGUCAAGUGGCGCGUGGAGCUGGGCCCCGACGACGUCCGCGCGAAGCGGUGCGUCGUGAGCUGCGCGGGCGGCAGCGGCUACGAGUCGAACAUCAAGGUCAAGGACGUGUCGUCCGUGCGCCGCGGCGCCAUCUACCACGUGCUCCGCGACAAGCUCGGCAUGGACAAGAUCCCCGACGACGUCGAGGAGAACCCGGAGCUCGACGCGAACCACGAGGAGGAGGCCGACAGCGCGGUCAAGAAGUGGAACGCGCUCUCCAACGCGCCGCGCCUCGCGGCGACGCGGCCCAAGCCGCCCAAGCUGAAGAUCGACGUCCACGCCAAGCCCUCGAACAAGAAGACGACCUUCGGCGACGACGACCUCGACGACUCCCAGUACGCCCUCGGCGGCGACGGCGCCGACAGCGACAGCGACAGCGACGGCGACAGCGUCGAGGAGAAGAAGAAGAAGCAGGAGGGCAUCUUCAACGAGAUCGACGAGAACGACGACGUCAGCGAAUUGAUGCCCCGCAACGAGGAGGCGGAGCUCGCCAUCCUCAACGACUUCGUCGAGGCGCUCAUCGACCUCGCCGCGCGCCGGCUCGUCGCCGCGGACGCGCUCGCCGCCGCGGACGCGCUCUCCGCCGCGGCGCCCGGCGCGGCCGACGCGCUCGCGCCCGCCGCGGCCGCGGCGCUCGUCGAGGCGCACGCGCGCGACGACGCGGCGCGGCGCGACCGCCACGACGCCGUCGUCCGCGUCGUCGCCGCCGCCGCGCGCGCCGCCGCGCCGGGCGCCGAGGUCCGCGCCGACGCGCCGCUGUACGGAUUCGUGCCGCCGGAACUGUUGAAGCCGUCGCCGGCGAAGGCGCGGCCGCUGAACCGCCGCGUGGACGUCACCGUGAGAGACGGCGACGCGUUCCGCUUCGCCGAGGUCACGGUCCUCGCGCGCGGCGACGGCGGCGCCCUCGACCGCGCCCUCGCGGAGAAGGCGGCCAAGUACGACGACCUGCCGACGGCGCCCGUCGUCGUCGCCGCCGACGCCGUCUCGGGCGCGCUGCUGCCGGACGCGGACGCCGUCGCAAGCGCUCUGAUCGCCGCGGCGCUCCUGCGGCCCGAGGCCGCGGACGCCUUCGCCGCGGACGUCGCCGCGGCGCUCGUCGCGCGCGCCGCGGCGCCCCUCCGCGACGCCGCGAAAAAGCCGAGGAAACGCGCGUUCGCCGCGCCGAAAAGGACGCGCCGCGCGCGCCGCGCGGCGAAGGAUGAUAACGUUACGAGCUGA